AUGUCAAUACUCAACAAUGAGAGUUACCUGAAGACAGUCCUCUGUCAUAUUCAUGUUAACGCUGCUGGCGACUAUUAUGACAUUCCAGACCUUCAGAAGGUAUCAAUCACGAAACUUGAAACACUUUUCUCCAAGGAUUGGAGGUCUAAACUAUACCCAGUCAUUAUCAAGGCUGCUUUGCACAAGGCAGGUGAUGCAAACUUGCACGACUUCCUUGCCUCGACAGCCACCUAUCACCUUGGCGACCUCAUCGAGGUUUCCGAUUUCAACAUCUUAGACUGGGGGAAGGAGUUCACCACCAGAGUUGUGCCCGGGAAUUAG